AUCUUUUAUUGUAUUAUUCCAUAUAAAACAAGCAAUAUAACGAAUAAUAUCUUCAAUGUAACAUAUUGCAAGAUAGUCUCGCGUUGAAAGAAGGCGUAAUGUAAAUUCGAAGCAUGAAGAAUUUAUCGUUCAUUUAUCUCUGGUUUAUCUUCUGUUUUGGGCUUCAAAAUUUACGUGCAAGAAACAUCAAAAUUUCUAAUCAAGAUAUUGCAGAAUGCAUGGAUCGAUCAAACAUGACAUUUCAUGAAUUAAUGAAACUUCGUGACUCGUCGGAGGCAAGAAUAAAAUUAAUAAACGAAGAGGAAAAUUUCAGAAGCUAUGGCUGUUUCUUAGCUUGCAUUUGGCAACAAAUUGGCGCGAUGAAUGGCUCCGAAUUGAGCACAUAUAACAUAGCAGGAAUUAUCGAAAAACAAUAUCACGAUGACGAAGAUCUUAAAACAUUUUUCCAUAAAAUCGCGUUAACGUGCGAAGAUGAUAUCCACAGAAAAUUUUUAGGCGUGAAUGACAAGUGUGACGUCGCUCUUAGCUUCAAAUUGUGCAUGUUGAAAGCUAUGCGUAAUUAUCCCUGAAUCAAUCUAUAUUUUAUCUAUUUGCACUUGUCGAUUACCGCAAAAAUUAUAGAGGAUUAAAAGAAUAUUU